GAAAAUAAUUCUAGGUUACAGAUUGCGAUCUUAAACAUGGCGCCAUUCGUACCGCAUCAAGGAGGCUCGUGAAUUUGCACUUCUUAUCGACCGAGCAGCGAUUGUAACCAGAUCGAUAUUCGAUAAUCGAUUUCACUAGAUGCUCAGUUCACAUUUAUGGAGGCCGGAAGUGAUGUCACGUUUGCACUAUGCAUACGCGCUUGUUGCGAUUUCAAAAUGGACUCGACAGAUGAGGAGGCGUAUAUGGAACUGGUGUUUACGAGAGACAGCAGCGUAAGUCGUCAGGAAAAAGUGAAGGCGUUGUGGAAAUUCUUAGAUGCGCGAGAUGAUUUACAACCACAUAAGGGUACAUUGGAGGUUAAGACACCAUCGGAAACGAAAUCGUCGGCAUCAAGCGUAGAUGAGAGGGAAGAGGAGAAGAAGGAUGUUUGGCGCAAAGGAUUGGAAGUUUUUCAGGAACUUGGUCUAGAAAAAAUUGCGCUCACAACUGAUAACAAGUGCAAGUUCUGUCUCACAGAGAAGACGACCCAAUAUAAAGAUUUGGCUGAUACGUUGACGCAGCCCUACGAGGAAUUAAAUGCUGAUAUAAAGACUUUUCAACAGCGUCAAAAAAGUCUACUCGGAUUGUCGGAUGUGUUUGAGAUACAAGUACCAGGUAUCGGUACUUGCAAUCGAUGUUAA